UAUUCUCUCUCUCUCUCCCUCUCUCUCUCUUAUACGUACCCACUCUCUCUCUCUACUUUCUCUCACCAAACCCAGAAAGGAACUAGGGUUUCUCUCACUUGCGCACUCGAUUCCCUCUCACCCAUUUCCAAAUCUUAUCCACACACCUCACCUCCUGACCUUCACACCCACUGAUCUCUUUUCUGAGACCUUCGCUUAGCAUUUCCAUGGUGUUUUGGGCUUGAUAUCUAAUCAACACCAAAACUUUCCUUAUCUCUGCGCUGUAAAUCAUCUAAGUUUACUUCCUGAAGAUGGAGAAGAAUGCCACCAAAGAGGGAGUUUGUGAAACAAAUGUCGGCAAUGUUGUUACCAAGUCGAGCAGUCACCCAACAUCUGUUGGCUUUGUUAGUGCCAUUGAGAAGAAAAAGACAGGCAAAUGCGGGCACUUCUCUAUUCGUGCUUAUGUUGCUGAGAUUUGUAGAAAAGACUGGAAAAUUUGUUGGCCAUUUUCUUCUCUUGAUGACAAUCAAGAAUCCAAGAAACUAGCUGACAUGCUUCCUCCCCUACAUGUCCCAGAGUUUAGAUGGUGGGAUUGCCAAAACUGUGUCCAGAGAGAUAAACUUGGUGAAUCAAGCAAUUCUGAUGUCAAUACUUCAACGGAUGUGAUCAGUUCUGAACUUUGCCCAAUGAUACAUGAUCAUACGAAGGAAAUGGUAGCCAAUGUCAUGUCUAUCAUUAGACCAGAUAUAAAUACAUCUGAAAACUACAACAAUACUGUGGUAAAGGAUGUAGAUAAGACAAUAAAAGAAGCAAAUACUUGUGAAAUGAUGGAUGCUCAAUGUGUCAACAAAGAAGCUACUAAAGAUACAGAAACAAUAAAUCUCAACUUGGAAGGCGAUGGACUGGAGGAACUUGUGGAGGAAAAUUGUGGAACUAGUAACAGUGAACAAUUGGAGGAAAUGAUGUUGCAUCAAAAACCCAAACUGGGGACUUCGGAGAAGGAGGUUGUAGAUUCUCUUAUUGGUGGUCAUACAAGCAAAGUUCAUCCCUUGAAAUCCAGCGAGGAUGAUGAUGAUGAUGCACAUGGUUUCCACGAUCAAUUUCAUACAGAUUGGCCAGGUGAUUCAAGCCAAAUUUUGAGUUCUAGAAAACCACAAAAGUUCCGCUUGUUGACUGAUAUCAUAAAAAGCGAGGUUUCUAUUGCUUCCACCAAAAUUUCCGGUUCUGAUGGAAUAACAAGUUCUGAUCAUGUCAACACCAAGGUCACUCAAACUAACUAUGCAGACGAUCUUGAUGGCCUAGGUUUAGAUAUUCAUUCAGGGGGUCAGGUUGCUGUUCAAGAAAAUGUUGAAAAGGAUGCCAAGGCUAAGAGCAAAAGAAGGAAAACGCUUCAAGCCAAAGACCAAGAACCUCCUUCACAAAUGAGAUGGUCAAAGAGUGUGUCUGAAAAAAUUCGGAUUUAUGAGAGAGAUCAAGAGAACAAUUGCAUAGACUCUACAAGGUCUUACCCAACGCACAAUUGCUUUGACUCAGCAUCUGAAAUUGCUAAUUCUAAAUCAGUAAAAGAUGUGUUUGGUUGGGAGGGUUUACGUAGUGAUUUCAAAAUUCGAUGCAAUGAAAACAGGACUGGUGAUGGAAAGGUUAUUCAGAGCAAGAAAAAAAAUAAGAGGACUCGGUUUGAAGAAAGCAAUCAGAAAUCUACUUUUUGUUUAAAGGAAAGUAAUAUUCUUGAGGAUGCUCGGGAUACUUUAAUACCUCUACAAGCGGGCAUGCAAAGUCAGGACCAGGUUAUAAGGCACGAUGACGAACACGAUCAAGUUGGAGUGGGAAUUUCUCCCUUCAGAUCUGCUAUGGAUGCAUCCACAGGAAUAUACAUACACCCUAGUGUUUUUAGCAACAAAGCUGCACGUGGAAAGGCUGUUGUGAGUGAGUUGCAAACCAAUAUGGCUCUUGUCGAAGGUGACUGUUCAGCAACUUAUCAAGAUGUAAAUUUUAGGAGCACUAAAACUGAUAUAGUUCCUGCUAAAACAGCACAAAAGAGAAUAUCUGGAAGAGGACUUCAUGCUUCUGUUAAUUGUCGCAUGGAUUCAGAGAGAAGUGAUAGAGAAUCAACUUUGCAGAACCACAAAGAAGAGAUAUCUCAAAUUGGAAGUGGGAAAGAGAUAGUAGUCAAGCAUGCUGAAACCACAGGUGUAUUUUUAAGAUAUGCCACUAAUUCAUCUUCUGAAAGAGGUGCACAUUCUGGUUUGAAAAAUAAAAAGGCUACCCACAAAAAGGCUAGUACGAGUAUCAAGCAAAAUAACAUGUCUCAAGUUCAAGAUGGGGCAUCCACAAUCUGGUCAAAGGAGCUCCCCUUCAUAGACAAUUACGAGAACAACAUGGGCAUCCAAGGGCAUUCGGAAGCCACUAAAAACCAAAGUGAUGAAAUAGCCGAUAAGAUGAGUGAAUUGGAAUCUGUAAAUGACAUUCCAAUUGAGAUUGUGGAGCUCUUAGCUAAGAACCGGCAUGAGAGGCGUCGUCUAGAAGCUGAGAAUUCUAAUAAGAAAAUGUUGUGUGAGUCAGAAACAGAAACAACCAAGAAUUUGAAAGAUGCUGAUAAAAAUGAGUUCAGUGGAAUUCAUGAAGAUAACUCAAGAUAUUUAUGGGAGAAAAACUUAGAAAUGCAUAAACCUCAAUCCAGCAAUGCACGAGGUGGCAUAUCUGCUGCAGCUAAGAGUGUUGCAGUUGAACCUGUAGAAGAAACAAUAGCCUAUUCUUCUCAUCUUAAGAAACCCCGCAAAAGCAUUGGUUCCAAAAUAAAACACCUGAAACAAUCUCAUGACAAGGGUUCAUUUCCAUUUUCAGUCUCUUCAGUGAACCAUUCAAGUGGAAACCAAUUUGCUGAAGCUAGCACUGGUAAGAAUAUUAGUGUUCAAAGUUGCAGAUUGGAGGGUGAUAUGUUGGGGCAUGGAUGGCCUAUUUCUUUUUUGCAGUGUUCAUCAUCACAUCCUAUUCAUCGAAUUGUUUCUGGUCCGACGCAAAUUAGAGGAGCACGACAUGUUUCUUUGCCUAAUGUAGCAGAUGAUCCUUUAGGAAUUGAAAGCUCUCAGAAGUUUGCAAACUUGUCACAAAGUCUGAAUAGAAACUUUGAUUUCGAGAGAUUUAAGAAGAUGAAUGCAGAGCAGCCAUGUGCAUGCACACAGAAAAAGAUCGGAAAUUUCCCACACCCAGUCAUCAGUCCUUCUGAUUUAUAUACAAAUGAAACCAUGCCAGCGACACAAUUGCUGAAACUCAUGGAUGCUGGGAUGAGCUCAAGGAUAUCACACAUGUCUGGCUCUGGAAGUGGAGGUUUGGGCAAAACCCGUGAAUCUUUUCCCAUCGAUGGUUUGCGGGUAGGGUUUUUGUCUCCUUCAAACUCAAUGAUGCUUCCUUUGAAGUCUCAUUUGAUUGAUGGCCCAAUUAGCAAUGGUGAGGCGGACAAGAUGGCUGGAACUGAAAUAUGCUCUGUUAACAGAAACCCGGCUGAUUUUAGCAUACCUGAAGCAGGAAAUGAAUUCAUGAGAGGAAGCGGAUAUUUAAAAUGUAGAAAAUUGAUUUCCAAGCGGGGCAGACCUAGACUGAGGAUGAUGAACCUCCAAGCACUCAAAGAGCCUGCUCAAAAGUGAAUUUCAUGAUGGUUUCCGGAGUAUGUUCAAAGAUUUUCUUGGACAGGAACCGUCAGUUAUAUAGAUGAUCGGAAAAACUAUUCUCAAAUUUCGAAUUCUAUAGUGUGAAUGUAAGCUUUUUUGGUAAACCAGCGAGGAGGAAUUUGAUUAGAUGGUGCUUGGAUCAUUGACAGAAAAAUGUUUAUAUUUAGGUUUUCUUGCUGAAUGAUUGUCUUCUAUAAUUGCAUCAA